AUGAUCCUCAAUCUCCCGCUCAUAGUCAUACUCACACUACUCAUCACGACCGAAACCUGCCCCAACCCAUCAGCUGUAUUCACCCUCAAAAUGCCCCAAACCUACAACAAAGCCUUCAUCCCCCUCGAGUCCAACCCUCAAGUCUUCAACGAGCUCAUCGCCCUCCUCGGCGCCUCGCCCCGCCUCCAAUUCAAAGACGUCUUCACCCUCGAUGACCCCACCGCCCUACCGCAAAAGAUCCUCGCCCUAGUCCUCAUCUUUCCCACCACGCCGACGUUUGAAGCGCGGCUGACGAUUGAGGACGCCGGCGCCAAAGAUUGGAUGGUGGAGCACGACGAGGAGGACGAGGAUGCAGUGUGGUUCAAGCAGACUAUCAACAACGCCUGUGGGCUGUAUGCCAUACUGCAUGCUCUGGCAAACGGCCGGGCCAAGGAUUUUCUCACUCCCAUGGACCCUGCACAGGCCGCCAUGGUGUUGGAAAGCUCAAAGGAGCUCGAGGACGCAUACGCUACUAUCGCGACAAAGGGUGAUACAGCGGCACCGCAGAGUGCCGAGGACGAAGUCUACUUUCACUACAUCUGCUUCGUCAAAUCACCAGACACUGGCCACCUCUAUGAGCUGGACGGAGACAGGAAGGGCCCGGUGGACAAAGGUAUCCCAAAUGAGGUGGAAAAGGUGGAUCUCGGAGCAGAGUCAGUAGACAUUGUAAGAAACUUUAUUUUGCAAGGAGGAGACAACAUUGGGUUCAGUCUCCUGGCCCUGACUGAGGGUGCAUGA